GAAAGGAGAAAACUUAAACCAACAAAACUUUCAACGGAUAAUGGUAGACGCAGAAGAAGCCAGUAAAAAUAAACAAGACCGGAACCACACGUGUUUGCAUGCAUGCGCCUUUAAAUCCGAAACAUGUCUCCAUUUGUUUCACCCUUUAUCUCCUCUCUCUCUUUCAAUCUCGUUACCUCAUUCAUCUCUCUUUCUAUCUCGUUAUGGCGAGCGACAUCCAACACAGACCCGUGUACGGCUCAACCACCGUGCCUCGCAGCACCAACAUUAACAAUCCAGUCGCAUCCUUUCUCCGUCAGCUACAAUCAAAAGCUCCUAAUCACUCUGGCCAGCUUUUCGGCCUCCUUGCAUUCUUCAUCUCCGGUGGAAUACUCCUCUUACUCACUGGAAUCACCGUCACAGCUUUCGUCCUUGGAUUCAUCGCUUUCCUUCCAAUCAUCAUCAUCUCAAGCCCUAUAUGGAUCCCUUUGUUCCUCCUUGUAAGCGGCUUCUUGUCCCUCGCUGGAAUGGUGUUCGGUACGGCGGCUUUGAUCUCGUGGACGUAUAGGUAUUUUAAAGGCAUGCACCCUGUCGGGUCGGAUCAAGUGGAUUAUGCUCGGAGUCGGAUAUUUGACACGGCUGCUCAUGUCAAAGACUAUGCUGGUGGAUACAUCCAUGGCAAGCAGAAAGAUGCAGCACCUGGUGCAUGAAAAGCUUCGCCCGUAUACGGUUUGGUUUCAUGUAGAAAUUACUUUUCUGUUUUUAUUAUUUGUGUUGUUUUAGUUUUAUUCUGUCUCUUUUUGUAUGAACAUCAAUGAUGUAUACUGAGAUCAAUUUAAUCUUUGAAAUUUAGUUUGUGUUUUUGUAUGAAA